AUGGGAAGUGCCUCACAUGGGACCGCGGGGCGUCCCAACUUUCUCAUCAUCCUGGCUGAUGACCUUGGCUACUCCGACAUUGGCUGCUAUGGCGCCGAGAUCCAAACCCCGAAUAUCGAUCGCCUCGCAAGUGAAGGCAUCAGGAUGCUGAACCAUCAUGCCGCUGCUGCGUGUUCGCCGACUCGCGCAAUGCUGCUUAGUGGAACCGACGCACAUCUGGGCGGUCUCGGCGUCCUGAUCGAGUACAAGAACAGCGAGAAAGGGGCCAAGCGCUGGUCGGGAAAGGCAGGUUACGAGGGCUACCUGAACGAGGACGUAGCAACCCUGCCAGAAAUCCUUGGAGACAAUGGAUAUUUUACUGCUAUGGCUGGAAAGUGGCAUCUUGGACUGCGUGCCUGCCAGGGCCCAUGGGAGCGAGGCUUCCAGAAAGCUUUCGCUAUGCUCCCCGGAUGCUGCAACCAUUACGGCUGGGAACCCACUCAAGAGCGAUUCCCGAUCGGCGGGCGCCCAAUCCACGCUGAUGAAAACGGCAAGGUUGACAUACGGCCAAAUACGACGGAAGACGCUGCGGGCUUCUACUCAACAGACUACUACACCGACAAAUUAGUCAAUUACUUCGAAGACCGAUCUGAAGCCGAAAAGGCCAAGCCUUUCUUUGCGUUUUUGCCUUACACUGCUCCUCAUUGGCCAUUGCAGUGUCCCAAGGCCCUUCGCGACAAAUACAAAGGGGUGUAUGACGACGGGCCAUAUGCUCUACGAGAACGAAGGCUCAAGAAGCUCGUCGAGAUGGGCAUUAUUGACGAGACGGUGGUCCCCCACACGAUUGAAACAGCCACACAGGGAGUUGGGGAGUGGGAUGACUUCACCCCUGAAGAGAAAAAACUAUCUAGCCGCGCCAUGGAAACCUAUGCCGGCAUGGUGGACUCUAUUGACGUCAAUGUCGGCAAAAUUGUUGACUACCUGAAGCAGACGGGCGAGUAUGACAACACUUUUAUCGUCUUCAUGAGUGACAAUGGUGCAGAAGGCGCCGCACUCGAGGCAACCCCUCUCAUGGGCAACAUUACGCGUGCUGUUCACCAAUACUACAAUAAUUCACACGAUAAUAUAGGAUCGUGGAAUUCUUUUACAUGGCUUGGUCCUCUGUGGGCUCAGGCGUCAACCGCUCCAUCCAGACUCUUCAAGUGUUUCCCCUCUCAGGGUGGAAUUCUCGUACCAUGUGUUGUGAAACCUCCGGCAAAUACAUUUCUAGCGUCGAGUCCCCCGGGCUCCUUCAGCCGCGCAUUCGCCACUGUCAUGGACUUUGCACCGACGUUCUUGGACCUGGCAGGCGUGUCCCUCCCUGCUUCUUCGCAGCAACUCCAAAGACUGGCAUACAACGACGUGGAAGCGCCACGCAAGAUGACCAAGUUCAGGGGAAAGUAUGUGCAUUCUAUUCGUGGCAAGUCCUGGGUGCCCCUCUAUUGUCAGGGUAAGAAGAUGGAGGAAAAUGAGACGUGGGCAAUUCAUUCAUCCUCUGAGCCCGUCGGAUGGGAAUUAUUUGCGCGAGGCGCCCUGAGAAAAGGCGACUGGAAAAUUGUCCAUAUCGCGGAACGGCACGGUGGUGCUGGAGUGGGCGAUGAUGGAUGGGAGCUGUUCAAUAUUGCGGCCGAUCCGGGCGAGACAAACAACCUGGCCGCGCAGGAGCCAGCUAAACUUAAAGAACUCUUGUCUCACUGGGAUGAGUACGUACUUGAGUGCGGAGUUGUCUGGGGCACAGGGGCGCAGACUCAAGGGCUGGGAGCUGACGAGGCGCCGGAGCUCUGGGAGGACGAGCUGGAGCUGCAGCAGCUGUGGAUGGGCGCUGGACAAGGACAAUGUCCAGUAGGCUGUGAAUAA